UCUUUUUCAGUCCAAAUUCUUAAAAGCUUUGAAAACAUUUUAAAAAACAAAAUCUAAUAUUGAGAAAUAGGAUUGGAAAGAGAUUCCGGGAUUUGAGCAUUUCGAGGCGGAAAAAGAAUUACUUCUCACUGUUACGUAACAAAAUUCCGAAAGAGUAUGAAAAAGCAAAGUUCGACUCCUCAGUCCAACGGAAUUUAAUCGUUGGACUUGGAAGCUUAUAAGAGUGCAAAAAGAGAUAGAGAGAGUAGUAGAAUCCAGAGAGCUGUUAGGGUUUUGAGUUUGAAGAUGACAGAGGUGAGAUUACACAUAUAUGAUGUGACCAACAGUGGAUCGGAUAAAACCAACAGCACUAUUGUUCAAAUCAACAAGAUCUUCAAGGACGGAAUAGGCCUCGGCGGCAUCUUCCACAGCGCAGUUCAGUUCUCCAAAGAGAACAUUUUGAGACAGUAUCUAUGCGGUCAAAUUUUGGGAUCUGAGGUUUAUGGAGAAGAGGAAUGGUCUUUUGGCUUCUGUGAGCAAGGGUCGGGGGUGUUCAGUUGUCCUUCUGGCAAAAAUCCAAUGUAUACAUAUCGCGAGUCCAUGGUCCUUGGAAUAACUAACUUUUCAAAAUUGAACGUAAACCAGAUCUUGCAGGAACUUAGUAGAGAGUGGCCUGGAAGUUCCUAUGACUUGUUAUCCAAAAAUUGUAACCAUUUCUGUGAUGAGUUCUGCGAAAGGCUUGGUGUCCAAAAGCUUCCAGGUUGGGUAAACCGAUUUGCUAAUGCUGGUGAUGCUGCUAUAGAAAUAGCAGAAAACACUGCCUUACGGUUGAGACAAGCCAAGACUGAGAUAGUAUCAGCUAGCAAAGUGGCAUAUCGUUUUCUUGUGGGUGUUACGUCUAGUUCUAGUGGUGGCAAUGAUAGCCCCGGCAAUUCAAAUAGAGGAAGCCCCAGAUUUCAAGCAGCUUGGUUUAAAAACAUCAUCACUACUGGUGCCAAACCAUCUAGCAGUUCUGAAAUCGAGACUCAGGGUGGCAGUGGUUUUCAGAACCAUCGGCUACAGAAUUCUGCACAGACAAUGCAACAAAAUUUCCAAGAUCCACAAAGAUCACCGUGACAAUUCAAAUAAUUUGGAAUAACCAUGGUGACAGAAUUCAUGGCAUGAUAUGUGAUGGAAACGAUUUCUGGAAGCACUGUUGUGUAAUAGUUGAAACUCUACAUUGCCAAUUAAGAUGUCAUUCAUUGUGUAUCAAAUGUAAAAUGUUCAUUUCUUGUCCAAACCGAAAUUUUAUCAUGCUCUGUGGACUUAAAAGUUCAUUGAAAAAAUCAUCUGAAAACUCUUGUGCUUGGGCAAGUCUUCAUUCCAACUACAGAUUGACUUUGUGUAGGUAA